AUGAUUCGUCAUGUGACUCGAUUUACUGAAGAAAUAUUUGCUCUUAUUAUUGCUCUUGUUUAUCUGUAUGAACCAUUUAAAAAACUUUAUAAAAUAUUUCUUUCAAAUCCAGUUCAAUAUAAAUAUAAUUAUGAUUAUCCGUUAACUUGUUCAUGUAAUAUAUCUUCUAUAUUGAAUACAACAUUUGCUUUUGACAAUAUGAAUUCAUCAUUUGAUGAUUUUUUAUUUUCUUCUACAUCGAAAUAUUCGUGCUAUGAUUGCAUAUCAAGACAAGAUUUGUUUUCUUCUUCAAAUUCAUUGUAUAAUAAUUCAAUAUCAAAAUCAAAUGAUGAAAAUCAAUUACCAAAUAAAGCACUUCUUUCAUUUAUUAUACUUAUUGGAACAUGUUUCAUUUCUGUUGCACUUAAACGCUUUCGACGAAGUAAAUUUUUUGGUCGAACGGUAAGUUUAUCUGUUGUGAGUUAAAAUUUUCAAUUAAAAAUUGACAUAACGUACACUGAUUCUUAUUUAUAUAUUACUUCUUGAUUCAGUAUUUUUUCUGAAACAUAUAUUAAUAAUCAAAUAUUAAUCAUUUAUUAAUUAGAUUUAUGUUAAACAGAAAUUAGUAAGAAGAAAAAAGAAUAUCUACAGAACAUUUAAUCCUCUUUUUAAUUGAGCUAUACAAUACUCAUAGAAAGUUUCUCUAUCAGAUAAAAAGUAUACAAACUUUAAUUCUUUAAUGUAACAAUUUGAACAGAAAUAGAACAUGUUGAACUUUGAUCGCAAGGACUAAUCAAAUUUUGAUCGACCUUCGUGUAAAGAAGCUAGAAGACCAACAUAGGAUUUUUCUUUCGACGAGAAUAUCUCAACAUGAAAUAAAAACCUCAUUACGAUAGGCUCGUCAUUCAACUGCUCAAUGCUGUCUCUAUUACCAGUCAAAAUUUCAUAUCAAACGGUUUUGGUUUAUCUGAUUUAUGAAGUAUUCUUUAGGUAACCCUGAGAUGAGCGUUGAUGGACGUCCAGAAAACAUGAUUGAUGUCUUCAGCUAGUUCUAACUAUUUGUCCUAAAAUUUUUUCAAUCAUUGUCCUGCUCUAAUCAAGGUUUUCCUUAAAAUUUCACGAUCACAGUCAUCUAUGCAAACAAGAUCGAUGCUGAGAUCAUUCCAGACAAUGGAGACUUCUUGACACCUAAAGAUUACAGCGGAUUGAAGUACUUUAUCUGUGACACAAUAUAAAAUAUACGAAUCUUUAUUUGUUAAUAAGAAAAUGCAAGCUGAAUGAUUUCAAUAGUGGAAAAUCAGAAAAGUGUCAAAAGUUAGGUGAUGACGAAUCUUUUGUAUUGUUUGAAAUGAAACUUUUCGUUCCUUAAUAUAUUGAAAAAUGCCAAGAUUUAUAAACAUUUUUUAUCGAUCUAAUUAUUCAACCAUCAAUAUGAUUGUAGGGUAAGCGAGAUGGAGGGGCUCAACUUUCCUCUACCAAUUAACGGCCCUACUAUCAAAGCUCUGACUAGAUCAUUAUAAUAUUA